AUGGGGGUCGUUACCCCGUUGGGCAACACAGUUGACGAGCUGUGGCAGGCCUUGAUCGAAGGCCGCAGCGGUGUCGCCGCACUGCCGGAACGACAAGAGAAACAGCCGACGCAGAUCGGUGCGGCUGCCCACGAUUUUUCCGGCUCGAUUGGCGAUUUUGGCGAGCUGGACCCCACGCGGAAGAAGGCCAUUCGUAAGGGGCUGAAGGUGAUGUGCCGCGAAACCCAGAUGGGCGUGGCCGCUGCUCAGCGAGCGUUGACCGACGCGGGCCUGGCGGAGAACCCCUACGAGCCGGAACGCUCGGGUGUGGUUUUCGGUUCCGACUAUAUGCUGACCGAGCCGCACGACUUGAUCGAUGCGUUUCGCAAUUGUGUUACGAACGACGGCAAGUUCGACUUCGACAAAUGGGCCUCGGCGGGCAUGACCGAGAUGACCCCGCUGUGGUUGCUGCGAUAUCUACCGAACAUGCCGGGCUGCCAUAUUGCGAUCUAUAACGACUUGCGUGGUGCGAACAAUUCGCUGACGCUGCGAGAGAGCUCGGCCAAUCAGGCGAUUGGCGAGGCGAUGCGAACCAUUCAGCGCGGCAGCUCCGACAUGAUGGUCGCCGGCGCGACGGGUACUCGACUGCACCUGGUGCGUUGGGUGCAAACCGUGCUGCAAGAGGAGUUGGCCGACAGCGAGGAUCCACCGGCGGCGGCCCGUCCGUUCGAUCGCGAUCGCUGCGGGGCGGUGCUUGGCGAAGGAGCCGGGGUGCUGGUUUUGGAAGAAAAGUCGAAGGCUGAAGCCCGCGGUGCGAAGAUUCAUGCGGAAGUGAUCGGUUCGGGUUCUUCGGUAGUGGCUGGGGAACGCGGCGCGCCUAGCCGCGAAAAGGCACUCGCCACGGCGAUUCGUGCUGCCUUGGAAGAUGCGGGCAUUGAAGCGAGCGACGUGGGUCAUAUUCAUGCUCACGGAUUGAGUUCGCGAACUUGCGAUAUGGACGAAGCUCGGGCGAUUCAGGCGGUGUUUGGCCCGCCCGAGAAGCAGCCCCCGGUGACGGCCGCGAAGUCGUACUUUGGCAAUCUCGGGGCCGGCAGUGGCGCGGUGGAGUUGGCUGCGAGCAUUGCGGCGCUGAACCAAGAGAAGCUCUUCCCGAGCUUGAACUAUGAAACGCCCGAUCCCGAGUGUCCGGUAGCGGUCGCCGCCGGGCCGGGAGUUUCUCCGGGGCGGACGGCGUUGAAUCUCAAUGUCACUCAUCAGGGUCAGGCCAGCGCGGUGUUGGGGCCAGGGAUAGAGUGGCCCGACCUCUUUGCUAAACGGAAGAUCGGCAAGCAGUUCAGUGUGUUCUUGCCGAUGCAGCGGGACGUUUGCACCCUUGAUGGUGGUUCCCCGAACUCAAUAGCAGGCAGAUCGAUGGCGGACGUUGUCCUUCGGGGAGUCUCUCGUGUGUUUCCCGACGGCACGGUGGCGGUGGAUGCGGUCGAUCUGUCGAUUUCCGAUGGGCAAUUCAUGGUGCUGGUUGGCCCAAGUGGCUGCGGCAAGAGCACCACGCUGCGGAUGAUCGCCGGGCUCGAUCAAGCGACCGACGGCGAAAUCAGCAUCGGCGGGCGGGUGGUUAACUCGCUGCUGCCGAAAGACCGCGACAUCGCGAUGGUCUUUCAGAACUAUGCCCUGUACCCGCACAUGACGGUGCGGCAGAACCUCUCUUUCGCCCUGCGGCUUCGUCAGGGUGGGCUGCUCAAGCGGUUGUGGCAGCGGGUGGCCUCAUCGAAGUCUGGGAAUGAUGGUGUCUCGGCUAAGGAUAUCGAGCUGAAGGUUCGCACGGUGGCCGCGAAAUUGGGAAUCGAGCACUUGCUCGAGCGGCGGCCUCGCGAACUGUCUGGUGGCGAACGGCAGCGGGUGGCGCUGGGAAGGGCAUUGGUACGCGAGCCGGUGGCUUACCUGUUCGACGAGCCGCUUUCGAAUCUCGAUGCCCGACUGCGGCUGGAUAUGCGGCGGGAACUGAAGCAACUGCACAACGAAUUGGGUUCGACAAUGAUCUACGUGACGCACGAUCAGGUCGAGGCUCUCACGUUGGGCGACCAAAUCGCGGUGAUGCAGAGCGGCCGAAUUCAGCAGGUUGGCAGCCCGCAGGAAGUGUAUGAACGCCCACGAAACCGCUUUGUGGCGGGGUUUAUCGGUUCUCCUCCGAUGAAUUUUCUGGAAGCCGAAGUUCAGGGCGACGGAACUGAGGUGGCUUUUACGCAGUCUGAAGGCACAGUUGCGGUCGACAGGUUGGCCACAGAAAAGGUACAAAGAGGAGUUGGCGAUCGACUCGUGGUGGGAUUCCGCCCCGAAUCGGUGCAGGUUGUGAGGCCUUCAGCAGGCUCUGACGGGGGGGUGCCAGCCGUGGUAGCCCUGGUCGAGCCGCUGGGCGAUGCAACUAUUGUACAUGUGCAACUCGGGAAAAAGACCGACGGGCUGGGUGCGACCGUGAUGUGUAAGGUUGCCCCCGAAACGCGGUUCGACCCCGGCGAACGAGUUGAACUGAAGCUAGAUAGAAGUCGUAUUCAUUAUUUUGACCCCGAGACGGGCCAGAAUUUGGAGUACGCAGACGGAAACUGA